GUGCCUUCUAAGCAAGGGGUCUCUGCUCAGGUUUGAGCCCCGGCUCAGCUUCCGAAAAGGGAAGCCAGACUGGGGGCAGCAGAUCCCUCCAGGCUGGCGGUCACGCGUCCCUUGUGGAUACCGGCAGAAGCAUGUGACUGGCCUCAAUUCCCAGUAGAUUUCCUUAAACCUCCGGGUCUCAAGAACGUCAAAUCUUUAGGAGUGGAAUGUUUCUGAGGGGCCCGUGAGUUGCAGGCAGGCGUAGGUGCCUCUUUUCACGUGGCUGGAGCAGCUUCCAGGCUGAACUGGCGCCAGGAGCCAGCCUUCCUUUUUCGCCCAAACCCACGGGUGGUGCAGAAGACCUUUCCUGGCCAUGGAGCCCUCCGGCGAGGGGCUCGGCUCCCCCACGGCACCCUCGGACCCUGAAGAAGCCCCUCAGGAGCUGGUGGCCGUCUCCUUGCUGGACGUGGAGGACGCCGCCCAGCUCCGCAGCCGGUCCACAAGCCUGAGCAGCACCAGCUCCAGUGGCCGCCUGCACCUGCGGCAGAGAGUGGCCCAGCUCAUGGCCUGCGUGGAGGACGUCAGCUCGGACGAUGAGAUCCACGAGGAAGUCUUGCGCACGCUGGACGAGGCCUUUCUGAUCUGUGGGAAGAAGCAGAGGGAGAGGGGCCAGAGCAUCAGGCUGCACGUGGUCACCUGGAACGUCGGCACUGCUUCCCCGCCUCCCGAGGUCACCUCUCUUCUCCAGCUCAACUCACAAGACCAGGCCGUGGACUUGUAUGUCAUUGGUUUGCAGGAGGUGAACUCCAAAAUCGUGAAUUUCCUGUCAGACAUGGCUUUUGAUGAUCCGUGGAGUCUUUUCUUCAUGAGCGUCCUCUCUCCUCUCAGCUAUGUCAAGGUGUCUUCGAUCCGAAUGCAGGGCCUCCUCCUCCUGGUUUUUGCAAAGCAAGCCCACCUUCCCUUUAUACGGGACAUCCGAAGCCAGUUCACCCGCACAGGCCUCUAUGGAUACUGGGGAAACAAAGGGGGCGUCACCAUCCGCAUGUCUCUCUACGGGCAUUCUGUCUGCUUCCUGAAUUGCCACUUGCCAGCUCACAUGGAGUACGCAGAGCAGCGGCUGGAUGACUUUGAGCACAUUCUAGAAAUGCAGCAGUUCGAGGGCGAGAAGAUCCCGGGGAUCCUGGAUCACGAUGUUCUGUUCUGGUUUGGUGAUUUAAACUUCCGGAUCGAAGACUACGGACUGCAUUUUAUCCGGGAGUCCAUAAACAAGAGCCGUUUCAGUCUCCUGUGGGAAAAAGACCAGCUCAACAUGGCCAAGAAGAAAGAAGCCUUCCUCCAGGAAUUCUCGGAGGGGCCUCUGAAAUUCAAACCCACCUACAAGUUUGACCUCUACUCCAACGAGUAUGACACCAGGGGCCAGAAGACAUUCUUUUGGUUUAAUGGGAAGAAGCGGAAGCCUGCCUGGACGGAUCGCAUCCUCUGGAGGGUGAAGCAUCUUGUGCAUCCGGCUUUGGGGGUAGGAGAAGUACCUGGGGAGCCCCCCAUCUCUGCCUCCCUGCAAAGCUACACCAGCCACAUGAGCUACGGCGUCAGCGACCAUAAGCCUGUCACGGGGACCUUUGAACUGGAGAUGAAGCGGCUGGUCUCCGAUCCGCUGGUGGAGUUGCAUCCUGUGGGCGACUGGAGUGCUGAGCGCGACGCCACCGUCGGUUACUCCACCGCGCCGGACUUUCCGAGCAGCGCCUGGGACUGGAUUGCUCUCUACAAGGUGACGUUUCGGCACCCAAACGACUACGUCAUGUACGCCUGGGUGCAAGACAACGAAAUUUCCUCCAGGGAGGAUGCUAAGCAGGUUUACCUUGGUGCUGAGGAGUUCCCUGUGGCUGGGGGAGAAUUUCUCCUGGGCUAUUACAGCAACACAUUUCAGUCCAUCGUGGGCCUCAGCCAGCCUUUCCAGGUUCAGCCACACCGAACAUCCACUGAGAAGGAGCUGUUCUGGGAUGGAAUUGGCGGGACUGAAAAACUUUGCCACGAGAAGCCACCGUGUGACUUUUGAAAUGCACCACCGUCCCUGCCGUCAGGGCUUCCUCUGCCUUAGGCGUAGGCCUCUCUUUCUGGAGGAGGUGGCGGGAUUUGUUGGCUCGCGGCCACAGGACUUUGAGCGGUUAAGAACAUUGUUUUGUAGGAAAUAAAUGUCUCUACCACGGU